AUGCCCAGCCUUGACGGAUCCGGAGUCGUGGCCUCGAUCGCAGAAGGGUAUGAAGGAACUCUACCACACAUGAAGUGCAUCGUCGAGACCCAUGUUAUCGGUGAUGACCGGCUCAUCCGAAGCGAGCUUAUUACUAUUCUCCAGGUCAUGCUGUUCUCCAUCAUGGGCCCUUUCCACCUGCGCGUGCUCGAAGCCUACUACAAUGGUGACAAAGUAGUUGUGCGCAUGACCAAGCUGUACGACAUGAGAGAAUACAAUCCGACUACGCUGGAUCUUCUCCACCGCUGGUGGCUGGGGUAUGCCUGUGGGGAGACCAAGAAGAUACCUUCGGGACUGUGA